CUUCAAGCAUAACCAAUCAAUCAAUCUUCGAGCAUAACCAAUCAAUUCAGCUAUUGUCAAAUGAAAUGCAAGAUGGAAUCAGAUAGGAUAUUAGCACAGGAAUUGUUAUUUAUUUGGAAUGUCCACUCAUGUAGCUAAUGAACAUGUUUUUUAUGUGUUAACACCAUAUCUUAUGUCAGGUACUUAAUCUGUUAAAGCUAUAUUUUCCAGAGAACAUGUAUUAGUCACCCUCCAGAUGGGUGAAUUUCAUUAUUUUUUUUACCCCAUUAGCUUCAUCAAGUCAAUUUGCACCCAGUUAAUGUGCCUCCUCUCCUUUGCUGAACAUGGAUGCUGACAGGGUUUUCACUUCAAAACUGCCUGCUUUUGUCCGAAAUAGCACCCUAUUCCCUAUAUAGUGCACUAAAAGUAAAGCAUUAUAUAGAGAUUUUGGAAUUAAAAUGUAUGGUAAAACUUAACUGAAAGCUUGCAGGUAUAAUUAUUUGUUACUUGUUAUAAGCCUUUAUAAUGUCUAAUGUCUUAUCGCCUUUAUAUUGUGUGAUUAGAUUGCUUUAAAAUAUGUUAUGUCUUUUCAGUGGUAAAAUAGUCUCUCCGAAGUGGAAGUCUUUCAAAGGCCUGCGGCUGCUCUGGAGAGACAAGAUCCGUCUGAAUAAUGGGAUCUGGAGAGCUUGGUUCAUUCAGUACGUGGAGAAGAGGAAGAACCCUGUGUGUGGGUUCAUCACCCCCCUGGAGGGCUCAGAGGCCGACGUCCACUGCAAACCUGAAGCUAUAGUUCUAGAAGGCAGCUACUGGAAGCGUGGGAUCGAGGUAGUGAUCAGAGAAUACCACAAGUGGAGGAUCUAUUACAAGAAGAGGUUUCAGAAAAACAAAGAUGACCUUUUAUCAAAGCUACAGAAGGGUCAGAUCUGCAGGGCGGAGCUGGAUAAAUGGUCCAGUCAAUACAGAGCCAGAGGAGGCCCAGAUCUCUGA